GGCCCUAGACUUUCUCUAAAAACAUAUUCUGACUGAAUAAUUUUAAAUUGGUUUAUUUUCUAACAAAAAAAGGUUUAUUUUGCAAAUGGACAUGCAAACUCUUAAAAACGGGAAGAGUGAGGUGGGUGUAUGUGGAAAUUUUGAAAUUCGGGAAUAUAACCGUCUGAGCGCGCGCAGACGCAGGUAGCUUUGAAAGCUUGAAACUCAACUUCCCUCGAUAAGCGUCUCCUGUGUUCUCUUCACAGAGCUUCCAACCAAUUCGCUAUGUCUGCAACCAAAUCCAGCUCCAGGAAGCGAGUAUCCGAACCCGACUGCAGCAAAUCCGACAAGAAGAACCGAUCAACCACAGACAAUCUCGAUUUCGAUUUCGAUCUCUCUGAUGAUAUCAAAGGAAUCGUGUCGGCGCUGCACCUUAUUAGAGACAAGGCUCAGAAGGAUGGCCAGAAGAAGAACGAAGAAACUAUUUCGAGUGUGGCUCCUGAGAUAAAGGCUAUGAUUGAGGAAUUGAGGUCCAAAUUAGAGAAGGACAGGCUAACUUUUGCUAAAGCACUUUCAAAGAGCUCUAAAGAGUGUGAGAGUGCUUUGAAGAAUGAAACAUCCAAGUUUCAAGCACUUCAUGAAAAAUUUUCCAAGGACAAAGCUGCUUCUUUACAGGCCUUGAAAGAUAUUAUCUCCAAAUUUGAAGAGGAAAAGGCGAAGCUAUUCCUAAGAUAUGAACAACUAAGGAAGAAGGAAAAGAGUAUUAUAUCUGAACAAGAAAAGGCAUGCAGUGAUAAAAUUGCCCAGCUGGAAGAGUCGCUGAAAAAGAAGAAACAGGACGAUAAAACUUUCAGCAUUUUAAGGAAAACUCUAGGCUCAUUCUUGGAAAGUACCUCGGAUGAUGAUUUCCCUCCUGAUGACGAGGAGUGAAAUACAAGACCCCACAAUUCAUCCCCAACCAGUCUUUGUAAUUCUAUUCAUUCUAUUGGAAAUAGUAAUCAGUAGUAAAAACAACAGAGCAAAUAUAUUUCAUUUUAAUCUUUUAUUACAGUCAACUGACGGAUAUAUAAUGUUUAGAAGACAAAUUCCAUACAAUGUGUGUAUGAUAAGUCAUAAACUGUGCUUAUUCAGUGCAAUAUGUGGUUAAGACAUAUAAUUUUCCCUAUACAUAAUUUGCUCUGAUUUUGAUGCCUUACUCCACUUGCUGCUGCUGCUGUUCUCAUACACGGUUGCCAGCUCUAACAUCCUCUUGAAGACUUUAAACCGUAUAGCUCUUGUAAAAGCCAUCUGUUUUCUGUAGGCCUUUCAGUCUGAGUAGUAGAACUAUCCAAAUCCUCUCAUCAAUAAGUGUGACAACAUAAGGAUCAUCCA